CGAGGCAGUUUGAUCGGAACACCACGGAGCCGAUCAGCUUCUACCUGUCCAGCCUGGAGGAGCUGCUGGCAUGGAAACCCACCAGUGAUGAUGACUUCAAUGUUGCCACGAUGCCACUGGCUAACCGGGAACCUCCAGUCCACAGCAAGAGGCCCCGGACGCUGGUGUGCCACGACAUGAAGAAUGGGUACCUGGAGGACAGGUAGGAUCCUCUUCACGGCUCUCAGAACGGAGCACUGCAUGCUGGGCACGUGGGCCUCUGCUGACGGGACUUGGCAUUUACCCACCACUUCACGCUUCCCGAACUUUAAUUGCAGCGGCCCUGGGCAGCGGGUCAGGAACAGCCUUCCCCUUGUCCGCAGCACAGAGCAAGGAAAGGACUCACCCCAGGUGUGGCAGAGCUGGAAGAGAACCCAAGAGCCUGGCUUGCUGUCCCACAGGGACCCACGCUGGUCUCUGGCGAGUCUGCUGAGCGUCAUGGCUGCGGGUUUGGUAGGCAGCAUGUAGUGAUGCUGAGCAUCGAGGCCAGCGUGACGUGUGUUAUUGCUGCCGAGGGGAAUCUUGGGUUUGCUUUCUGUCCUCUGCUUCUGUAACGCUGACAGACCCUUCUCCUCCUCUCUCUCUCGUCUCAGUGCCAUGAGAUAGGACAGAACAGCACACCCAGCAGGUGUGUGGGUUACCGUCCAAGCUGCUUGUGGGAUCCGGGCAGAGACAUGCUAGGGGCUAGCCUUGGCUGGCUAGCAGGCUGCCUGCCUGCAGACGGCUCAGCGCCGAGAUGUUCUCAGUGUGCCAGGGUUGUGGAAUAUGUUUGUUCUGGAGCCAAGUGGAGGAGGAACUCCAGGAGCAAGUCACAGGGAGACUGAAUGCUCCUUGCCCCCAGGAAGGACGGGCUGUUUCCCAAUCAGGUCGGAGCCUGUUUGCUCCCUGUUAAUCUGCAGUGCAACUCCAGCUUCAUGCUGGGGGCUCUGGCCAGUUCCUCCCGUCAGCUGGGCUGUGGGGUGUGUCUCUGUGUCAACUCAUCGCAUCCAGAGACCCACGGUGCAGCCUAUUGAGAAACCAUUUGGGCUACCGCCAUUUGGAUUGCUGUAUCUGAGUGACCCAGCACCUUGGAACUGCGACUCUCAGAGAUUGGGCAUGAGCCCAGGAGCCUGGUGUCCAUCUUGCAGGCUUCCCCAGGCAUGUUUGCACCCCUGUUGGUUUGGCGGGCGAGGCUGGAAUGUCUCCACCUGCUGCUGAGCGGCUCCUGAGAUGGGGAGAAACUCUCCGGCUUGGCCUGGAAGCUCUUUGGGGUAGGGGCUGGCUGUGCCAUGCCCAAGGCAGACCCUGAUCGGAGCCCUGGGCACCACUGCAAACGAGAUAACUGAUAAUGUCCCACUUGAAAACUCCCCCAGAAAGUCAGGUAAUGUUUCCAGCCCCAUCCCUGGAGCUCAGAGAGAAGGGGCAAAUCCCUCCGCUGCAAGAGGAGGAUGAACGAUUCUCUGCCACGUGCCUGCACCUGCUGACACAGCACCAGCCAGUUCUCUCCCUGCUCUAGGGGAGUCUCCUGGGGGAAGAGCAGCAGCCUGGCACCUGGGGAAUAGAUUGUGGGGGCCACGCCUGCCCUGCCCCUGGGUGCAUGUAGCUCUCACACGCGCGCAGUCUGUGGGCAUCGUUCUCCACAAGUGCUCCGUCUCUGCCCUGUUGGGGGCUGGAGCACUGGGCCAUCCCCUUCCUCUGCCUGCAGGUUCAUCCAGGGCUCGGCUUCGCGGGACCCCUACGUGUUCUACCACUGGCAAUACAUCGACAUCUUUGUGUACUUCAGCCACCACCCCGUGACCAUCCCCCCGGUCACCUGGACCAAUGCUGCCCACAGGAACGGCGUCUCUGUGCUGGGUGAGGGGAUGCCGGGAAAGACCAGGCACCGCGGGUGGGGCAGGCGGGAGUACUUGUGGCUUUAGUGCUGCCUGCAGGGAGAGGCUGGGAGCUCCUCUGCAGCUGGCACCUCCCGCUGGGCCUGCAGUACCUGGGCACUGGCUGUGGCCAGCCCACCCCCCCUUCCCCAAGGCAGCAUGUGCCGGGACAGGCCGGGGUUGGCAAGGGCCCACGCCUCUUGCUCACACGCGUGCAGGGACGUUCAUCACCGAAUGGACCAGUGGGGGCAAGCUGUGUGAGUCGUUCCUGGCCGGGGAGGCAGCUGCGUACCACGCCGUGGCUGUGCAGCUGGGCCGCAUCGCCCAUUUCUACCGCUUUGACGGCUGGCUGGUCAACAUCGAGAACACUCUGAGCGAGGCAGCUGCACAGAACCUGCCCCUCUUCCUGCAUGACCUGCGGGAGCAACUGCGUCAGGACGUGCCAGGCGGGCUGGUGCUCUGGUACGACAGCGUCUUGCAGAGCGGGGAGCUGCACUGGCAGAACGAACUGAACGAGAAGAACAGGGUGUUUUUUGACGCCUGCGAUGGCUUGUUCACAAACUACAACUGGAAGGAGGAGCACCUGGAGCGCAUGGGGGCGCAGGCUGGGGAGCGCCUGGCUGACAUCUACGUGGGCAUCGACGUCUUUGCCCGCGGGGAGGUCGUAGGCGGCGGCUUUGAGACAGACAAGGCUCUGCGCCUGAUCCGCAGACAUGGCUUUUCCGCUGCCAUCUUCGCACCCGGCUGGGUCUAUGAGCACCUGGGGAAGGAGAACUUCCUGCAGAAUGAGAACAGGUUCUGGGGUUUGCUGGCGGAGCUGCUGCCCACUCACAGAAUCAGCACGUUGCCCUUCAGCACCUGCUUCUGCCUGGGUGUGGGCAUGGGGAGAUUCUCAGCUGGGCAGGAGGAGGAAAUCAGGCCCUGGUACAACCUAAGUGCCCAGGAAAUCCAGCCCCUCUUCGUGGACCAGCAAGCGACGGGAGGGGCAGGCAGCUGGCUGCGCACACGCUGCUCCCUGCAGGAUGCCUGGAACGGGGGCAGCUGCCUGCUGAUUGAGGGGAUCAUCCCGCCUGACACGGGCCAUGUGGCUGUCCGAUGCCAGCUCCCCCCAAGCUCUUCCUGUCUCUGCUGUACAAACUGGAGGAGAAGCUGCCCGAGGUGGCGGUCGCGCUGGAACUCACCACAUGGAACUCCGGCUCCUGCCAUGUUGGCAACAUCGCUGCCCAGCUGGGUGAGGAGUCUGGCCCCUCCGCGGGGAUCUCACGCUGGCGGGCAGGCUGGGAAUCGGUCUGUCACGCGGCUGGAGGGUGGGAUGCCUGUGACACUUCUGCUCCUCCCCAACCCCAUGUGUCCUGCGCCCCCUUCCCCCGCCCUAACUGCUCUGUUCCCUCCCACAGGGGCGGCCACCCGACAUCAGCCCCAGCCCCUCCCCACCCUGCCCCCUCACCUCUCCGGGCUGCUCAGGGGCUGUGGACAGCAGAGCAUGGCAGGUUGGAUGAGGCGGUGCUAUGAACUGGAGCUGCGGGACUGUGCCCUGCACGACCUGUCGCUGAUCCUGUCAUGCCACCAGCCAGGCCUGCAAGAAAGGCACUUCUCCUGCCGCCUUGGGGAGAUCCGGGUGCUGGAUGCCGACAACCUGCGCUCCUCGAUGCCCCGAGUGCCCAGCCUUGAGGCCUCCCAGGUGCUGUGGCACAAGGGGCCUGGCCCAAACCAGCUCUCCCUCAGCCUCACCUUGCGCUGGUCCUACCCCCCCAGCCAAGCCCGCUGCUUCCGGAUCCACUGCCAGGGCACGGCAUACCCUAGGGGCCAGGUGCUGCCCCUGCCAGAGCAGCUCCUUGGGGUGGCACAUGCCACCCUCUACCGUGUGGUGGGCUUGGCAGUGCCAGAGGCGCCCCCCAAGGAGUCCUGCCAUGUGGAGUUCUUCGUGGAGCCGGUUCUAAACGAAGGGGGUGCCGUGGAUCGGUCCAGAUGGGGGCGGCUGGUUCUGGUCUAUUCCAACCCAGCCAGCGCUAGCACCUAUUAAAUGUGACCUUUGGUACAGUG